AAGGACAAACAUGAAGGUGUUGGCAGCAAUUUUAGUUUGCUUAUUUAUUCUGAAAACGUCGUCUGAGGAAAUUCAACACUCAGCCGCACACGAUAGACAGAAACGUCUAAAUCUACCUGAUAUAGAUAUCUGUGACACUGAUGCAGAUUGUGGCAAUGAGCGUUGCUGUAUUAAAUAUCUUGGUAUUUGUGCCCCCAAAAGGGGGUUGGAAGAGUCCUGUAACUUUUCGCAAUACCACGGAUGUGGGUGCAAAUCCGGGCUGUCCUGUCAGGUGGCAAAGUGUCUUGGUAGUUUAAAAUACUAUCGCUGUCUUCCACUUCUUCAGUAGAAACAUCCGUUGAUAAAGCACGCCGUGAAUUCAGAUGCUGUUCAUAUGCGGACUGAAAAAUGU